CGGCGGCGACUGCCGACGACUCUUAUCUGAAGCUCGGUUUGCCGCCCGACAAUGCGCGUUGCCGCCACCCAGCUGCCCCUCCCCACCGCCUCCCCGCCUCGCCGGCGGCGGCGAGCUCAGCACAUGCCGACCGCGGCAGCGCCGCGGCCACCCCCGAGGGCUCUCGCCGCCAUCCUGCGCUCGCGCGUCAUCGCGUGCCUCCGCGCGGAAGAUGGCGAGACGGCGUUGCAGGCGGCGCAUGCGGCCGUGCUCGGCGGCGUCACAGUGCUGGAGGUCGUGAUGUCGACUCCAGGAGUGCUAGAGGUUAUUGAAGAUCUUUGCAGGAGUUAUCCUUCUUUAACCUUCGGGGUUGGCACGGUCUUAAAUGCUGCUGAUGCAAGGAAAGCCAUAGGAGCUGGUGCACAGUUUCUGAUGAGUCCUGGCACAGUCAUGGAAGUACUCCAUGAUCUUGAAGAAAGUAAGGUUCUAUACAUCCCUGGAGUCCUGACACCAACUGAAGUUUUAUCUGCCUGCAGUGCUGGCGCAAAAGUCGUUAAGGUGUACCCAGUGUCAGUGAUGGGUGGAGAGGUGUACAUGUCUGCUCUGAAGAAACCAUUUCCUCUUGUACCGAUGGUUGCUUCUCAAGGAAUCCAAAUAGGUUCAAUCAAGGGGUAUGUGGAAGCAGGGGCAUCCGCAGUGGUGUUAUCUGAUGCUAUUUUUGACAAAGAAUUGAUGAGGAAGGGGAAAUUCAGCGAAAUAUCGGAACUUGCAAGUCAAGCCACUUUUGAGGCAUUGCAGUCCACAAAGUGAGACAAAUCUGACAAUUCUACAAGCAUCGCAGAUUUGUGGUCUAGAAUAUGAGGCACAUAUCCUUUGGCUAGCCAUCAUGCUGUAGGAUCUUCUCGGGUUGAGCACAUAUGGAGGAGUAUGAUAAGGUCCUAACACUGCCAACUAAAAGAAAAUCAGGGAUACCGCCCUUCUGCAGGAGAAGUCAUUCCAUCUCCCAAAUACAGCUAUAGGAGUACUGGCGCUUUGUGCAAGAAUACACCAAAAUUGUGCUCUCCGAACAAGGAUCGUUGCAGCUAGCGGAAGCGCGUUCAUGCUCGGUCCUGAUCAGAAGUGUGAAGAGGCUGUCGUGAUGCCAAGAAGCCAACUACACAUUCAGCUGCAGUGGAAACACCACAAUUCACAAGAGAAGGGAGGCGAAGGAAGGGUCAUUGCAAGGUUUCUUGUUGCUGCAGUAGAUGUAUCUCAGGAGGGAAGUGAUACCUCGUUUCUGAUGAUGUUAAUAUGUUGUAGCCUAUAGGCAUGGGAACAGAUAUGAUCAGGGCGCCUGAACCCGUGCUAUGAUGUGCCAGAGUAGGCUUACUUCUAGGUUCUAGUUACUCUCGUGCAAACGGAGAUCACAUGUUGAACAGUUUUGCAUGUUAUUAUGUAAUUGUAGAUGUGCAAAUGGUCCUUUUUAGGUGCAAAACAGUGACAUUGAGCCUGUUGAA